UGCGAGGUCAAUAAGGAAAUGUGACUCGUAAUAAACACCAGCAGACGUUUUAGUGCCGAUUGAAUAUAAUUAAUUUCUAAACGUUACAAAAUUUGGCAAUUAUUAUAAGUAGUAUUUAAUUAUCUCGAUCUAAGCUGAUAUGGAAGAAUCGUAAGAUAGGGCACCUGACCAGAUGCAUGACUAUACCCCACCUAACACCUGUUCAACCCCAUCUGAGUGCUUACCCCUAAGCCAGUGGAAUGAGACAAUGGAAUGUGGAAGCGAGUUAGCAGUUGACACAAUGAAAAAGGAACUGAAAUCAAGGUCCAUUCUUGCAGAUUGUUCUACCAGGAUGAGAUCCAUUGUGUCUUUCUACUUCUGCUACCUGCUGUGCCUGUGCCUGGGGAUCGCCUGUGUGGUGUUUGUGUCCAUCUGGAACUCCAAGUGGCGUGGUGGCUUUGCCUGGGAUGGCUCGGCCCUUCAGUUUAACUGGCACCCUGUCCUGAUGGUCACAGGUCUCGUCGUGCUCUACGGCAAUGGAGCGGUGUUGUACCGCAUUCCCCUCACAUGGGGGCAGAAUAAGCUGCCCUGGAAACUGCUGCAUGCUGGUGUCAUGCUCCUGGCCCUGCUCUGCUCCAUCCUUGGCCUCUGUGCUGUGUUUGACUUCCACAACACCAACAGAACUCCCAACCUCUACUCCUUGCACAGCUGGAUUGGCAUUUGCACUACAGCACUCUUCACCACUCAGUGGGUGAUGGGCCUUGCUGGCUUCCUCCUGCCCUGCUCACCCAUGUCAUUCCGCAAGCUGCUUAAGCCUGCCCAUGUGUGGAUGGGAGGCUGCAUACUGAUACUCAGCAUUGUGUCCUGCAUCUCAGGGAUCAACGAGAAGCUCUUCUUUGCACUGAAAGGAACUACCAAUGGAACAAUGCCAUAUGGCAAAAUGCCACCUGAGGCAUUGGUCGCCAACUCGUUAGGAGUCUUGAUUGUAGCCUUUGGAUUGGUCGUCCUGAAGAUUCUAUCCAAUCAGAAAUGGCAGCGACCAGAGCCUCGAAGUGAAGACCUGGGCUACAGUCCACUGCUUCAAGACGACAGCUAAUGGAAGAGAUGAGGAGGCUUCAAACCUGCUCUCAGCCGCUAACCAUACUACGCAAGCUAUCCAGAAAUGUUAUCUGCCCCUGCUGGGUCCAAAGUUGCCUUAAGCAAAUAAUGAGAUGCUGAAUGUCCUAGCCACUGUCAGGACCAGAGCCAACCCUGGGCAUAAGGGCCCUUGGCCACUUGGGGGUCUGAACUUACUGUUGAGAGUUAAUAUAGUAAAAUACACUAGGUACAAUUUCAAAAUGUGUUAUUGCAUCAGCAAUUUUUCUCUUAGGUCAGACACUGACAGUCACUGAAUUAGCCCAUGUCAGCUAAAAAUGUUUUGAUUGGUAAGUUAGUCUAGGCAGCUAUCUAAACCUUGUAGUAAUCAUGGCCAUCAUGGCCAAUUACUGACUCGGCACGCAGGGCACAUGCCAAGGGGCCCUGAACUCCAGGGCGCUUACAUUGAUUUUGUUAGUCAUUCUCACUCAGAUAUCAUAUUGAAGUGAUACUUCGGGAUUUCGGCAAUGAGGCCCUUUAUCUACUUCUCCAGAGUCAGAUGAACUUGUGGAUACCAUUUGUAUGGUUCUGUGUCCAGUAUGAGGCAGGCUAGAGGUAGUUUUGAAAGCCAAUGCUAACUAGCGUUAGCACAAUAACUGGAAGUUUAUGGGUAUCUGCUGGCAUGCUAGCAAAUGUUUCUCCGUCCCAUGGCAAAAUGAGUAGAAUUGCAUGAAAUUUACUUUCGACUUAAAAAAGUUUCUCUCCGCUAUCAAGCUGGGACCACGGACAUGUUUUGGCUGCGAGGUGGAGCCCCCCCCCCCCCCCCAAGCAAAUCUUGCUUAGGGCCCCCAAAAGACUAGUGCUGGCCCUGGUCAUGACAGUGUUGUAAGCAAUAAUAUGUCCCAUCAAGAUAUACGUUUUUAUAAAUGUAUUAAAUAGUAGAUUUUACAUCGCUGCCUUGUUUCUUUAUGAAUAUAAUAAUGAAUAAAGUAUGAUAUACUCAAAGAUAA